CUUUCCUCUAAAUCAGAGGAAAUGAGCCGCAGCCAGAUGGUUUUCCCGUCCACCGGCGGUGCUAGCCAUGCACAUUCUUCAGACCUGGUCGUGGCAAAAAGCCAUCUAGCCAGUCUGGCACUCCCUCGACCCGACGCCUUCCGAGGCAGAAAAAACGGGGCUCAAGUCUGCGUCGCUGUCUUUCGACAUCGCAUAUGCCAUUUGCUCGCGUGGUUCAGACCUGGCGGUGAUAGGGGUCAUCGAACCAGUCUGGCCCUCGCUCCUCCUGACGCCUUCCGGGGGAGAAAACGGGGCUCGCACGCUGCUGGGCUGCGAGCCUCUGUUGCUGUUCUUCGGUGGUGGCGACAAGACCCAGCGUUUCUCCGCGCGCGGGUAGCCCCAGGCGAGUGCACAGCUCCCGUGCGGCACUACCGGGUCUGGCGUGCACGCUGCGCCCUCGAGACAGUGAGCAGAGCCGCGAAGCGCGCCUUUUACUCACCGUAGAGAGGCGAGUCGUUGGAUGGCAGGAAAUGAAUCAUCGCAUCCAUCGCCGUCAAGGCUUCUGAAGCGGUGUCGAGCUCGGGCGGCGCCGGGGGCAGCAUGCCCUGGGUUGCGCCGGUCCGGCUGCCACAAGGCUCCCCGUCCUGGCAGAAGGAGCGCGAGCCCCUACCACGCGGGGGCGGGUGGGGCAGCUGCAUGUCCGGUGGAGUCGGUGGACGCGAUGGCGACGAGCGGACGUUCGGAUUGUGCUCCCGCGAGGGGUGCACGCUGUGGGUCGCCGCGGCACUCAGCGCCGGGCCGCGAGACGGGCGAGCCGCGCUGGGCUCGGCCUCACCUGAGAGGUGAGGGCUUGGGGCCGCCGGGCUUGGCGUGCGUGAUGCACGGCGGCUGGAUGCGCCGUCACUCACCUACUGCUGGGCUGACAGCGCUCCUCGCCGGGCACUCGAUCUGGUGGCGGCACGCGACGACACUCCCUUGCGGCGGGGCGGCAUCGUCGCAGUUGAUGCAGAGGAUGGAACCGAAGUUGACAUUGGUGAAGAUUUGAGAACACUUGUGCCCCCUACCUGCCCCCUACCUGGCGCGCCAGAUGUCGCGUCUGUGAACGCGGACACCAGGAGCGCGAACACCCCCUUUUUGUUUAGAUGGUGGUGGAUGGCACAAGAAAAGAUUACAACGAGCGGCCGGAGCAGCCAGCUCUAGCCUAAACUAUGGCGGCCCGGGGAGGAGGGAGAACCAGACGCUGCUCUUCUCCGACAGUCGGUAUACCAACCCUUCUCCUGCCUCGAACCCCUUAUGCCUGAUUGAUGCCACUUUUUUAGGUGGAAGCCUUGGGCCUCCUUUUAUAGUUCAAGGGGACACCACAGUGGUGAACUUAAGGCACACGACAUGCGUGCUGCUACAGCGGAACAUCCCCACUGCAAGAUGAAUAUGAAGCUGUCCGCCUGCUCUGUGGCUUCUGUCCAAAGUGAUCUGUACCCGGUCCAGGGCACGGGGAAGCUUUCGGCACUGCCUGGGCCGAAACGGUGAUAGUCCUGGCGCGGCGUGGAAGCUGGCCAAUCAAAAGGUGAAAAGGGACCUGCUGCAUCCAGCCUGCCGUUCUCGCCGACGAUCGUCACACCGCAGUCACGCAGUCCCGAGGGCACCUUCUGAACGGCAGAUUCGUACCAGCUCCGGCUCGUGGGCGCUAAAGUGGCCGCCCAGGACCGGCUGAGGUAUGCAGUGAUGUAUUCUCUUCCCGGGUACCAGGCGAGGCUCCCCCGCGGAGCCUUUCGGCCCAGGGCCCGAGGAAGGAGAGAACAGUCACGGGUCUCCCGGGAAGACAAUCCCGGGAAGGCGGUCCCCGGGGUACCCCGUCCCCAGGAAGCCUAUCACUUACACGGUGGGGGGCCGUGUCCCGCGCUCCUAGAAUCCGGGAUACCCCCGGAUCCCCAGAGCCAACACAUGCCGUGUGCUGUGCAACUGCACUCUAAGCAACAACACAGCAAAUCUUUGCUUGAUUGGUGCCACAAAAACUAAGUUGCUAUCUGUUGCAAUCCUUAGGAGCCAGUCCUGUUUCCACCACUGACUAGGACCAUUUAAGCAAUUGUUCAGUCUGCUGUGUAAUGUUCCUCAAUUGCAUUAGCCGUUUGAUAAGCAUUUUAUUGGUUUAUCAUAUGAGUUACUUUCUUUUAUGAUUUGUAUAAUAUUUUUAUGUUAGAUAACACUUGAUCUGUAAGUUUUUAAGAGCCAAACUUAAAUACGUAAAUUAGAUAGUUGGUGAGAUGAAUGAAGUAUUAAGAGGAGUACCUGUAAUUAUAUACUAACCAUUUCAUAUAUCCUUUUAUUUCUGUGAGGACACCAAAUAGUAUGGCUGAAUGGAGGACUAACAAGUUGUAUAUCCAUUGUAGGCAAUGGUUGAUGUUGCCAAGAAAGUUGGUGCAGAUGCAGUUGCUCAUUAGUGCACUGGAAAAAAGCAAUGACCAGGUUCGCUUUGAGCUUACAUUCUAUGCCUUAAAUCCGGAACUUAAAGUGGUGGCGCCUUGGAGGGAGUGGGAUAUUACAGGACGUGAAGAUGCAAUUGAGUAUGCAAAGAAACACAACGUGCCAGUUCCAGUUUCAAAAAAAUCAAUAUACAGCCGUGAUCGAAAUUUGUGGCACCUUAGCCAUGAGGGUGACAUUUUGGAAGACCCAGCAAAUGAGCCAAAAGAAGAUAUGUAUAUGAUGUCUGUUUCUCCAGAAAAUGCACCUUCAAAACCGGAAACAUAGAGUUUUCAUUGUUCCACCGUGAUGUACAUAUUACUCUGCCAGCAUGUUGUAUCUAAUAAAACCUGGGCUCUACAACCAAGCGGAUGCUGAAGGUUUCAUCAGGCUGUACGGUCUGCCUACCCGAGUCCGCGCAAUGUUGGAGAAGGGUAUCUAAGAUCCCAAGUCUGUUCUGUGUUUGAAUAAUUGUCUCUCUUGAGAACUGUUCGGUGUAUUCUAGAAAUAUUGUGGACAGAUGUAAGAUGAUCAGGUGGGCUUUGAAUACAAUUCGGAUUUUCAGUUAGUA